GGGAGCACGUGGUUGGCCUACCGAUUUUGAGCAUUCAUUUUCGCUAUUUUAUUCCUUGUUUUCAAUCUCGUAACACAUCUUGAACAACGUUUUUUUGGUUCAGACCAGUGACCCGCUAGAGUCCGAGUCUGAGGCAGCAAAGAAGACGAUCUUGGAUGACCAAUCCAGCAAGUGAAUCUCUCCCUUUUGGUAUUUUGAAAUGAGUGUUGUUGUCCGGAAUGAGGAUGGGUGGUUAUUGGACACUGCUGAGCUUGUUUCGAGUCACUACAAGAUAUGUUGCUCUCUGUCUAACUCUGAAACCACAGUCUCCUACGAGGGCAAGAAAGACUUGUUUGCUAUCCACCAACCCUUCAGAAUGGACAGUCAGUUUGCCAAAGUUGUGAGAGAAUUAAAAGAUGAGGCUGACUCUGGAGAACAGGAUCACAGGAAAAAGAGAAAACGAAAACGCCAAGAAAGUAAUCCUGGUGAGAUGGCUGCAGACAUUUAUCAUGAACAGGUUAAAGGAUUCUUGACAAGUACUCUGAGAGAGUUGGUGGAGAAAGGUUUCAAGAAUGGCUACUUUACAGAGAAACCUAGAAUGCCUUUGGACAAUAACCUCACAGCCAGGUCUGCGUCUCAUUUAGAGGGACCUGGGGAUGCUCUCUUGUCACGAUGUGAGGAAACAUGUCAUGGAGAUGUAGCGAAUAAUCACAAAGGUCCUGUCAACUUGGCUGUAGCUGAAUGGAACGAUGAAGACCUGUUCAAUCGCCUGGUCAACCAUGAAAAAGAAGUUGCUUCAAUCGUCCACUGUCUUGAUGCUGACUACCUCAUUCCUCCUCAAUCUCAGUUCCUUAUGUCUGAUAUAACUUGCCUAAGACCACUUCUCGAGGAUAAUAAAAAGUUUGAUGUGAUUGUAAUUGACCCACCAUGGAAGAACAAGUCAGUCAAAAGAAAGAAGAAGUAUAAAACUCUAAAUGAGUGGGACUUUUAUGACCUGCCUGUUGCGCACCUGGCAGCUGAUGGUUGUCUCCUGGUCAUCUGGGUUACUAACAAACAAAAACAAAGGGAAUUUGUGAAGGAUUCUUGGUUCCCUCAUUGGUCAGCUGUUUUUGAAGCAGAGUGGCAUUGGAUCAAGGUGACUCGACAUGGUGAGACCGUGUUCCCUAUGGAAAGCCCUCACAAGAAACCUUACGAGUCUAUUAUCUUGGGAAGGGUCAGAAGAGACAAAAAAGAGAUGAGUGAAGAGUAUGAAGACGAGAAAAUGAAGAAAGUUGAUGACAAGGUCCUUGUCAGUGUUCCGUGCUGUGUACAUUCCAAGAAACCACCGUUGACAGAAAUACUCAAAGAUUAUUUACCCGAUGAUUCUUGUUGUUUGGAAAUGUUCGCAAGGAAUCUGACUCCUGGAUGGACCAGUUGGGGAAAUGAGGUACUAAGGUUUCAGCACUCUGAUUUCUUUGUGCGGAGGGAAUCUCUAGUAAGUCAUUAACGGUGUUGUCCAAGUGGGGUAGAUGUAGAAGCAGCAGUUAUAGUGUAAGGAAUCGAUACAUAAGAUACAAUAGUGAUUGUUUGUGAUGGACAGGAGUCCUAGUCGUACUACAAGUUGUAUUCUUUCGCAUGUGAUGGAUUGAGUGAUAGUGACUGGAUCACAUUUUAAAAUGCUGAACAGUAUGUUGACAAUAUCAGGAGGUGCGACUUGUGCAGGUUGGAUGGAAUUGUGGGACUCCCAGUCAGCUGGAUGAGGGGCAGACAUUUUCAAUUCUGUGCAGGGGUGUAGCUAGCGAUGGCGGGGGGGGGGGGGGCGCAGAGAGGGUAAAUACCCCCUCUGAAAUCUCCCAAAAAUGUUUUUGACUAUGAUUGAAAAAUUUCAUGAUAUCACAUUGUAACUUCAGUUUCUGUAUAUUAUCGAUGUACCAUAGCGUAAACGGUAA